AAGCUGAAAUCAGGGAUGGUUUGGUCUACAUUCAUAUUAUUGAUAGCCAUUCUCAUUAUUUGGAAGCGCAUGGCGACUGGUGAGCCACAAGAUUUCAUAUUUCAUGAAUGUGUAUAUGAUCAAGGAAAAUACAUCACUAACAGUUCCUACCAAGCUAAUUUAGACCACCUCCUCUCCACCUUCACCAUCCAUCAAAUUGACUAUGGCUUCUACAACUUCUCUUACGGCCAUCACCACAAAGCUUAUGCAAUGGGGCUAUGCAGAGGAGACAUUACCCCACUCGCUUGCCAAACCUGCCUCAACAACUCCAUAACCCUUCUCCCCAAAAACUGUCCCUCUCAAAUCGAGGCUAUCGGAUGGUAUGAACACUGUAUGUUUCGUUACUCCGACCGCUCCUUCUUCGGCCUCAUGGAGCUUUCCCCUGGUUUCUAUUUGACUAAUUCCUUUAAUUCUUCAGACCCACUUCGCUUUACUCAGGCAGUCACCAAUUUGCUUCAACGUCUCACUGCUGAAGCUGCAUUAGGUGAUUCUCGUUUGAAGUUUGCCAUUGGAAGUGUUACAAUACCGAAUUCUCCACCCAUUUAUGGGGCUGUGCAAUGUACUCCUGAUAUGACUGCCCAUGAUUGUACUGACUGUCUCCUCGGUGCUAUUGCGCAAAUUCGAGAAAAUUGUGAUGGGAAGAUAGGAGGGAGAAUUGAAAGACCAAGUUGUACUCUUCGGUUUGAUAUCGAUCCCUUCUUUCAGAAUCAGCCGGCUUCAACGCCGCCUCCUCUUCCCUCAAAUACAACUAUUUCUGCUUCUUCUCCACAAGGAGAUUCCUUUUCUCGCGUACUCGUCUUCAUUUUUGUGCCUAUUAAUGUGGUUGGUGUAGUUGCUGAGCUCCUAAUCAUCAUAAUUAUCAUCUUAAGGACAAGAAAGCAAGGAAGAAAUUCACGUGAAUAUUUGGCUGAAGAUAAAAUUGAAAAUGUAGAAUCUUUGCAGUUCGAUUUUGACACCAUUAGAAUCGCUACAGAUGGAUUCUCCGAUGCAAAUCAACUUGGGAGAGGUGGGUUUGGAGCUGUUUAUAAGGGUCAGCUUCCCAAUGGACAAAGUAUAGCUGUGAAACGACUAUUUCAAGGCUCAAGGCAAGGAGAUGAGGAAUUUAAGAACGAAAUCAUGUUGGUGGCUAAGCUUCAACAUCGGAAUUUAGUUCAACUCUUGGGUUUCUGCUUCAAACAAAAUGAAAGACUCCUCAUUUAUGAGUUUGUGGAGAAUUCCAGUCUUGAAAAAUUCCUCUUUAAUCCUAUUAAGCGUGAGAGUUUAGAUUGGAAAACUCGAUACUCUAUUAUAGAAGGCAUUGUUCGAGGACUUGUUUAUCUUCAUGAAGACUCUCAACUUAGAAUUAUUCAUCGAGAUUUGAAAGCUUGUAACAUUUUAUUAGAUGCAAACAUGAAUGCUAAAAUUUCUGAUUUUGGAACUGCAAAACUAUUUCUACAUGAUCAAACACAAGGAAAUACAAGAAAAAUCAUCGGUACUUUUGGAUAUAUGGCUCCGGAGUAUGUAUGGGAUGGUUGUUUUUCAGUCAAAUCAGAUGUAUUUAGUUUUGGUGUUUUACUUUUGGAAAUUGUGACUAGACAAAAGAAUAAUCGAGCUCAAACCAACGAGGAGAUUGCCGAAUCUCUUGUCAGCUAUGCAUGGAGAAAUUGGCUAUCAGGAAAUGCACUGGAUAUUAUUGAUCCUUGUUUGAAAGGUGAAUCAAGAAUAGAAAUGGUCAAAUGCAUUCAUAUUGGAUUGUUGUGUGUUCAAGAAAAUUUAGCUAAGAGACCAACAAUGGCUACCGUACUUCUCAUGCUUAAUAGCGGUUCCAUCAAUCUCUCUACACCCUCUAAACCUGCUUUUUAUAUCAACCGUGUCUGCUCCCAAACCUCUGGACAAUCAAAAGAUUACAACUCAACUCAUGAUCCAAGUGACAUGUACUCAAUUUCAGAAUUAGAUCCUCGUUAGUUUUAUACUUGUAAAUAUGACUAUCUUAUUGUCACAAGAUAAUAGCGAAGAUGUAAAAGUAAGUUUUUUUUUAAUAAAUCUAUGUACAUUCUUCCCACUUUUAAAAAUGUGAAACUUUGUUACAACUCUUCAAUGAAAAAUGCUUUGUA